UACCAUUUGGUAUAUUAGAGUUUGGGUUUUGUUGGAGUUAAGACUCUGUCUGCCUUUUUGAAGAACAAAACGAAAUCCUCCGUCGCCCUUCUCCACUUCUUCAGGGCGGUGUUCCACCGGUGAGUUUUGGGCGAUGAUCGGCACUCGUAUCGGAGAUUCAUCACAAGAUACAGCUGAAUUAGUGGAUGUGAAUUUAGCAGCUGGGAGUGUGGGAGAUGGUGUUGGUAGUGAUGUUGGAUGUGAACAAAGGGCAGUUGCAGAACCACGUGUGGGUAUGGAGUUCGACUCUGAGGACGCUGCUAAGAAAUUUUAUGAUGAAUAUGCAAGGCAUUUAGGAUUCAAAAUGCGGAUUGAUCAGUGCCGUCGUUCGGAGGUUGAUAAGAAGAUUAUAUCCCGCCGACUUUCUUGUAAUAAAGAGGGUUAUUAUACAAAAGCCAAGAACCAAUUUGGGCAGAUACGGAAACAACAUACUAGUUCAAGACAAGGUUGCAACGCAAUGAUGCUGGUGCGGGUAAAUAAAUUCGGGAAGUGGGUUGUGACUAGAUUCGAAAAAGAGCAUACUCAUCCACUAGUACUGUCGGCUUGUCUUUCUAUCAAUGAAGGGGAUUGUAAAGAAAGGAGAAUUGAAGCACUCACCACAGAGUUGAAGCAUCAAGAUCAACUAAUUAACUUUUACCGCGAGCAUCUCAGCACAUUUUUGAAAGACCUUGAGCAGCAGACCGAAGUUCUGUCAACAAAAAUCCAAGUUGCUGUUAAUAAUGUGAGAGAGAUAGAAACGAAAGACCAGAAACAGUAGAAAUAUCAACGCUCCAAGCAUACAAACUAGGGCAUGGGGCAAAAACCGACUUUACAGUUUAUAUAAAACGGAAAAGAAAACAAGUGCGACUUGCAUCUAAAGAUAUCAACGACUAUGAUACCGGAUUGGUUAUUUGACGCAUCACUAUUUGCUCUUUUUGCUUAAAAGAGCAUUCUUGGAGAUUGCUUAAUCUUGAUGUCGAAUUUUGCCGAAAGAAGGGAAGACAAUGGAAAUUCUUGAUUUCCCAUAUGGAACGUACAGAUUAAUCAUACCGAGUAUAUCCCACCAGGAGGUAGGGUAGGACAUGAGGACUGAGGAGGGUAUAAUGUAUGCAAAUCAUAUCUCUAACCUGAGAGGUUGAGGGACUAAUUUCAUGAAGAUUUGAAACUUGUAUUAGUUGUAUCAAGAAACUAAACUAUGUAAAGGGACUUGUAAACUUCAAAAUGUAUUUGAUUUGUGCAAAUUUGAUGGAAGAAAGUUGUCUUC